AUUUUUAAAAAUAGUAUCAACAAUCACUGUAAGUGCAUAUAUCGCCAUUUUUUGAGGCACGCCGCAGAGAUUUAUUUGCAUACAAAUAAAAAAGCAGUCGAAAUGCUAAAAUGGAAUAUUGGACCCUGGCUGUGCAUAGCAACAAUGACGCUGCUCUGGCCAGCAUUAGUCAACGGCUAUGACAAAGAGAUGACUGUUUAUGUGGACGCCGGCAAAAAGGAAUGUCUCUAUCACACCGUCAAGGUUGGCGAAAUCAUUGACUUUGAAUAUCAGGUCAUCGAUGGUGGCCAUGGUGAUCUCGACAUCAGUUUUGCCCUCCUCGAUCCCAUUGGCUUAGUUAUUGUCAGCGAUUACAAAAAGCCCGAGAAUAUGCAUCAGCAUGAGGUGCAGAAGGAUGGCGACUAUCGUUUCUGUUUCGAUAACAGUUUUAGCAUGUUUAAUCGUAAAACCGUCUUCUUCGAACUGAUCGUGGAACGCGAAGGCGACGCCAAUCAUGGCGACGAACAGUGGAAGACUGAAGUGGACGAGCUAACGGGCCUUUCGCGUGACGAAUACUAUGACAUGAAGGUGCAGGACAUUAUGGACUUCAUUGGACGCAUUCGCAUGCAACUGACAAAAGCGCGACAACUGCAGGAUUUGUUGCGUUCGCAUGAGGCAAGAGAUCGCAAUCAGGCCGAGGCCAAUUUCCAGGUGGUCAACAACUGGUCCAUGCUCCAGAUGAGCGCCAUGAUUGGCGUCGGACUCAUCCAAGUGUUUAUGCUGCGCAGCAUCUUCGAGACACACGGACGCAUGCAUCAUUUCUGGCGUAAAUUGGGCAUUUGAUGAGACUCCACAUCAUCUUGAUCAUCAUCAUCAUCAUCUUCAUCUCAUCAUCAUUGUAGCAUUUACCAAAGAUGUUGUUUGCAGUGCAAAUUGUUACAAAAUAUUAUCACAAGGCCUCCUUAUCAAGUGUCAACAAUA